GUCCUUCAGUCACCCGGAAGAAGCGCCAGUGUUUACAGUCUGGCUGCAGAAACACGUGUGUGUGUGAUGAUCAACACAGGUUACAGUCACUGCUAUUGACUUUCUGUUUGUCUGCAGCGAUUAAAACAUCAUCUGUGAAAUAAACAUCAUGAGAGUUGUUGCGUUGAUCAGUGGCGGUAAAGACAGCUGUUAUAACAUGAUGCAGUGUGUGUCUGCUGGUCACACUAUAGUGGCCCUUGCCAACCUCAGGCCUCCUGCACACGCCGUGUCGGAUGAGCUGGACAGUUACAUGUAUCAGACGGUGGGUCACCAGGCCGUGGAUCUGCUGGCGGAGGCCAUGGAUCUGCCCCUCUACAGGCACACUAUCAAGGGCUCGAGUCUGCAGACCGGAAGAGAGUACAGCCAGACGGAAGGAGACGAGGUGGAGGAUCUCUAUCAGCUGCUCAAACUCAUCCAGGAGGAGGUGUGUGUGGAGGCCGUGUCCGUCGGGGCCAUUCUGUCCGACUACCAGAGAAUACGUGUGGAAAACGUGUGUGCGAGGCUUGAGCUCCAGCCGCUGGCGUACCUGUGGCGCCGAGACCAGGCCGAGCUGCUCAGAGAGAUUAUAUCAAGCGGCCUCGACGCCCGACUCAUCAAAGUGGCAGCGAUCGGUCUGGAUCCAGAGAGACAUUUAGGAAAAUCCCUGGCGGAGAUGGAACCGUAUCUGCACGAGCUUUCAGAGAAGUAUGGAGUUCAUAUCUGUGGGGAAGGAGGCGAGUACGAGACCUUCACCGUCGACUGUCCGCUCUUCAAGAAGAAGAUCGUCAUUGACUCUGCGGAGACCGUGAUCCACUCGGCCGAUGCCUUCGCUCCUGUGGGAUACCUGCGCUUCACACGCAUGCACACCGAGGACAAAGCAGAAGGCUCGGGAGCACUGCCUCUCAGUAGAUGUCCUUGCCAGAACACCAUUGACAAGAUGACAGAAGAGCUGGAAUAUGCUGAUAAAUCUCCAGACGUCCAGCGAGCGUGUCCAUCAAACGCUGAGCGCAGUUGUCAGCCGGAGCAGGGUUGUCUGCCGUCACACUCAUCCAGGAGUCCGGCGGGUUUCCAGUGGAUCAGUGGCUUGACGGCGCUUCGGUCCGAACACACACACGUCCAGAACCAGAGCCGGCACAUCUUCACACUCCUGCAGAGGCGUCUGCAGGAGCGCGGCUGGCGGAUGGAGCAUGUGCUUCUGGUUCAUCUGUACGUCAGGGACAUGGAGAACUUCAGCCUCAUCAACUCCCUGUACCGGAGCUUCUUCACACUGGAUCCUCCAGCCAGGGUGUGUGUCCAGGCGUCUCUCCCGGUCGGUCAGCAUCUUCAGAUGGACGUUCUGCUUCACGAUUGGACGGUGGCGAGCGAGAACGACAGGUUUCCUCAGAGACACACACUUCACGUCCAGAGCCGUUCUCACUGGGCCCCGGCCAGCAUCGGGCCCUACAGUCAGGCCACGCAGGUGCGGGAGGCUGUGUUCUGCGCGGGACAGGUCGCUCUGACCCCCUGCUCUAUGCAGAUGCUGGACGGGCCGCCAGCGCUCCAGGCCCGGCUCUGCUUCAGUCACACGGAGAAGGUUCUGUGUGCCGUCAGCGCCGGACUCACGCUGGCUCACGCUCUGCAGGCGCACGUCUACCUCACACACCCCGAACACACAGCGCCCGUCACCGCGGCCUGGAACACACACCUGCAGGACCUCCAGGAGGCCAGUGAUGGUGUGGCGCAGGUGGAGGUCAGUGUCGUGGCCGUCCAGUCUUUACCCAGAGGAGCCGCGGUGGAGCUCCAUGUGAUCGCAGUGCAGGACCGUCCCGCGGGCCGGGCGUCCCAUCGCAGCGUCUCACGGGUCCCGGGCGGCUCCGUCGAGUGCCGCCUGCUCCAGUCCAGCUGCGCUCGAUACGCCUCCCUGUCUCUGAGCCUGUGUUUCAGCGAGGCACACGCGCCGGCAGCACAGACCCUCACAGAGGCACUGCUGUCCUCAUACCAGAGCGCUGUUCAGAAGACUGAGAAUCUCUCGGCUCUGUGUGCCAGGGUUUUCUAUAAGAGCCACGACAUGUUCGGCACAGAGAUCGCCACAGGGCUGGAGCGGCGUCUGAGCGGAUCUGGUCCUGAUGGAUCCGGUCCCGCUGUGGUGCUGGUUCCGGUUGAGGAUCUGCCGGGUCGUGUUGUCCUGCUCGUCUCCUGCUGGCUCAGUGUGUAGAGGAGUCAAACCUGCUCAGAUCCAGACCUGGAAUCAGUGCCGCUCUCAUUCACUGCAUAUCUGUGUUUAUUAAAGGGAUAGUUCACCUAAAAAUGAAAGUUAGCCCAUGAUUUACUCACCCUCAAGCCAUCCUAGGAGUAUAUGACAUUCUUCUCUCAGACGAACACAAUCGGAGUUAUAUUAAAAAAUGUCUUUAUAAUGGCA